UUACCAUUGGAAUGACAUACUGCAUCCUAUAGUUAUCCCAUCCACUUUGAAAUCAAUGUGAAUUUAACUUCAAUUCCAUACAAAAACUUCUUUUCCACAGACUCAGGAACUUCAAAUGCGCUAUCCCUAUGUGUAUUGAUUAUAUCUUCAUCCUGCUCAAAUUUGCUAUUGAAACACCCUCUGGUAAGAAACGGUUGAACUGGAUUCAAUUUUUAUCACAGCUUGUGUAAGACUGCCUCUGUCCCUCCUCUCACAUGCCAUUGGUUAACCAGCAGACAGUGUGCUCAGGGGCGUUGCCAGCUCAUUGCUCUUAUAGCCUGUGAGGGAGGAAGAAAGAAACAUUUGCCAGCCAGGCCAGUGACAGAAAUGGAUUCGAAAUAUCAGUGUGUGAAGCUGAAUGAUGGUCACUUCAUGCCUGUCCUGGGAUUUGGCACCUAUGCGCCUCCAGAGGUUCCUAAAAGUAAAGCUUUAGAGGCCACCAAAUUGGCAAUUGAAGCUGGCUUCCGCCAUAUUGAUUCUGCUCAUUUAUACAAUAAUGAGGAGCAGGUUGGACUGGCCAUCCGAAGCAAGAUUGCAGAUGGCAGUGUGAAAAGAGAAGACAUAUUCUACACUUCAAAGCUUUGGUGCAAUUCCCAUCGACCAGAGUUGGUCCGACCAGCCUUGGAAAGGUCACUGAAAAAUCUUCAAUUGGAUUAUGUUGACCUCUAUCUUAUUCAUUUUCCAGUGUCUGUAAAGCCAGGUGAGGAGCUGAUCCCAAAAGAUGAAGUUGGAAAAGUGCUGUUUGACACAGUGGAUCUCUGUGCCACGUGGGAGGCCAUGGAGAAGUGUAAAGAUGCAGGAUUGGCCAAGUCCAUCGGGGUGUCCAACUUCAACCGCAGGCAGCUGGAGAUGAUCCUCAACAAGCCAGGGCUCAAGUACAAGCCUGUCUGCAACCAAGUGGAAUGUCAUCCUUACUUCAACCAGAGAAAACUGCUGGAUUUCUGCAAGUCAAAAGACAUUGUUCUGGUUGCCUAUAGUGCUCUGGGAUCCCAUCGAGAAGAAAAAUGGGUGGACCCGAACUCCCCGGUUCUCUUGGAGGACCCAGUCCUUUGUGCCUUGGCAAAAAAGCACAAGCGAACCCCAGCCCUGAUUGCCCUGCGCUACCAGCUGCAGCGUGGGGUUGUGGUCCUGGCCAAGAGCUACAAUGAGCAGCGGAUCAGACAGAACAUGCAGGUGUUUGAAUUCCAGUUGACUUCAGAGGACAUGAAAGCCAUAGAUGGCCUAAACAGAAAUGUGCGAUAUUUGACCCUUGAUAUUUUUGCUGGCCCCCCUAAUUAUCCAUUUUCUGAUGAAUAUUAACAUGGAGGGCAUUGCAUGAGGUCUACCAGAAGGCCCUGCGUGUGGAUGGUGACACAGAGGAUGGCUGUAUGCUGGUGACUGGACACAUCGCCUCUGGUUAAAUCUCUCCUGCUUGGUGACUUCAGCAAGCUACAGCAAAGCCCAUUGGCCAGAAAGGAAAGACAAUAAUUUUGUUUUUUCAUUUUGAAAAAAUUAAAUGCUCUCUCCUAAAGAUUCUUCACCUA